AUGGACCUCAUCCGGCGCCUCGGCGCAUACCUCGACUCGCCGACAAUUCCCUGGAAGUCACUCAUUAUCACCUUUUCCCUCGGCCAAUAUGCCAUUGAAAACUACCUCGCCUACCGCCAAUACCAAGUCCUCCGCCGCACCACCGUCCCGCGUCAAUUGGCCUCGGAAGUCGACGCUCCCACCCACAAAAAGAGCCAGGAAUACGGCCGAGCAAAGGCGAGAUUUGGAGCGUGGAGUGGCGCGUACAAUCAGCUGAAGAAUCUCCUCAUCAUCUCCUACGAUGCCUACCCCAAACUCUGGGUCUGGUCGGGCGCACUCGUCGCAGCAUACGCCCCCGCACGCUUCUCCGGAGAAAUCACGCACAGUCUGGUCUUCGUCUUCGCAUAUGCUCUCGCCGAGACGAUUGCAGGUCUCCCAUGGUCCUAUUACCACCACUUCGUCCUGGAAGAAUCCUUUGGCUUCAACAAACAAACCCUCUCGCUCUGGGUCAGCGACCUCGUCAAAGGCCAGGCUCUCACCUUUGCCUUUGGAAUUCCCCUCGGUGCCGCAUUCCUCAAAAUCAUCCAAUCCACUGGCGAGAAGUUCUUCCUCUACAUCUGGCUCUUCAUGCUCGCCGUCCAAUUGGGCGCCAUCUCCAUCUUCCCCACCGUCAUAACUCCCCUCUUCAACACCCUGACGCCACUACCGGAAGGAGAACUCCGCGAUAGAGUCCACGCCCUCUCCAACAAACUUGCCUUCCCCCUCAGUGAACUGCAAGUCAUCGACGGCAGCAAGCGAUCCGCCCAUUCCAACGCCUACUUCACCGGUCUCCCCUUUAUGAACAAGAAAAUCGUCAUCUACGACACCCUCAUCGCGAAGUCCUCUCCCGCGGAAGUGGAAGCUGUUCUCGCCCAUGAAUUGGGUCACUGGAAAAUGAGCCACACUGCCAAAUUGUUGGGAAUCUCAUCGGCGCAUUUACUAUACAUCUUCACGCUAUUUGGAGUCUUUAUCAAUAACAAGAGUUUGUACGAGGCGUUCGGAUUUGGAGGACAACUGGGACAACCGAUUAUGAUUGGAUUCCUUCUCUUCAAUGAAGUGUUGAGUCCGACGGAUAGUGUGGUCAAGCUGGGCAUGAAUGUGCUUACCAGGAAGUUUGAAUUCGAGGCGGAUGCCUUUUCCCACCAACUGGGCUACGCAAAGGAAUUGAGCGCCGCGUUGAUCAAACUGCAAAUUCAAAAUUUGAGUUCCAUGGACGCCGAUUGGCUCUACUCUUCCUAUCACUACUCCCACCCCAUCCUCACGGAGCGAUUAAAAGCGGUGGGAUGGACGAGCGAGAAGAAGAUUUCGGGUGAGGGCCAAGGGGUGGUUGUUGGGGGUGGGGAGAAGAGUGAAUUGUAG